AAUUAUACUAACUCUUGCUAGUUUCGAAUAAUUGAUUUGCUCAUGUGGGCUAUGAAUUAACUGCUACAAACACAUACAAAUUGAUAAGGAUAUUAAAUGUAAACAUUUUUUAAAUACAUAGCCACGAAGUAAGACCAAGUCAAUCAUGUCGAAAAGCAAGGAGACUGGUAUUGGUACAGAUCCAGAGUGUAACAAAAAUUACCAUCUGAACAAGAGCGAAAAAGUUGCACUCAAAGACCUGCUACAGAAGAGACUGCAUGAGUGCGGUUGGUACAAAGACGUCGAGGAAAAGAUUCGUAAUACGCUUCAAGAACGCGGCUUGUCUAACAUUACUCAUGAUCAGCUUUCAGCGGAGAUUAUUCCACAAGCACGUGCUCUGGUACCCGAAGAAGUUCGCAAGGAGAUGACAAUGCGCGUGCGUGAAGCUUUGGAGUCGCCGUUGCCCACCAUUGGGAAUGGCAAAACAUAACUUUAACAGCACUGGCAACGUUCGUUUUAUAACACUGAACAAAUUAAAUAAUUCAAAUGUUCUGCAAAUGCUCCAAAGAUAAAUAUCAAAGACAACAUAAGUUUAAAUUCUAGCACA